GGGAGUGGUGGAUCGGGGAACCACGCGCGAGCUCUGCAGGCCCCUCAGGCCCCUCAGGCCCCUCGGUCAUGGACACCGCGAUCCUGCGACGAGCUCGAUCACUUCUUGUCGGCGCCAGUCCAUGCCGCUGAAUGAUUGUGUCCGCACUGCGUGAUUGCAGCCGACCAAAGCGAGAAUUCGCGCACUGCGAUUCGACGAUCUCACUCCCUCGUGAUGCAGCACAUCUGCACGAGUCAGUGAUCCACGUUCAUGCAGACACCGAAUCGGAUUCUUAUCUGCUGCAGUGAUUCAUCCACAGCUGAAUAAGACGAGCCCGGAGUCCGUCCAGACUCUCGCGAAGCUCAAAGCUACGAGCCCUUUUGCGAAAGGAGCCCCAAUCAGUAGACGAUGUGCCAGAAAUCGAAGGCGCGGUCAGAUUUCCUGCAUUAUUGCCAGCGCAACAGUCUUCUGUUGAAAUUUUGAACCCUGAAUCUCAACGGCGGACUUCAAAUUCUCACGAUUCAAGUUCACGAGCCGUGACGGUCGAGCUCUAAGAGAAGGGUAUGAUUCCAGAGACUCAUCGAGAGAAACCGCUCAGAAUCAUUGGGUCGGAGUCCGAGCUGCUCAUGGCGCCGAAGCCAGGCGUGAAGGAUACAGGCCAGGCGCGCCUGGAGGCGCUUGGCUACAAGCAAGAGUUGAAGCGAGAUCUAUCGCUGCUCUCCAACUUUGCCUUCUCCUUCUCGAUCAUCUCAAUUUUGACGGGGGUGACGACUUUGUACAACACCGGGCUGACCUAUGGAGGUACAGUUUCUAUGGUCUACGGGUGGCUGAUUACGGGAUUCUUCAACAUGUUCGUCGGUCUGUCUAUGGCCGAGAUCUGCUCCGCGUUCCCAACCUCCGGUGGUCUCUACUACUGGAGCUACAUGUUGGCCGGACCUUCAUGGGGACCCUUCGCGUCCUGGAUCACGGGCUGGUAUAACGUGAUCGGCCAGUGGGCUGUGACGACGAGUGUCGACUUUUCUCUGGCCACUCUUCUGCAAGUUAUUAUCCUGCUCGCCACGGGAGGGGGCAAUGGAGGUGGAUACUAUGCAUCCAAGUACGUGGUGAUAUCAUUCCACUGCGGAAUACUCUUGACGCACGCCCUUCUGAACAGCCUUCCCAUUGUCUAUAUGGCUUAUCUGGGAACUCUCUCGGCGGUGUGGAACCUGUUCGGUGUCUUUGUCCUCAUGAUUUUGAUCCCCCUGGUAGCAACUGAACGACAGAGUGCAACCUUCGUCUUCACAUCGUUCUUCAAAGAUGCCUCCGUCGGUAUUACAAGCGAGCCAUACAUCUUUCUACUAGGUUUACUCAUGAGCCAAUAUUCCAUAAGCGGCUACGAUGCAUCCGCCCACAUGUCGGAGGAAACCAAGUCCUCGGAUAAAAAUGGUGGUUACGGCAUCCUGGCGGCAAUCGGAAUAUCCGUCAUAGUUGGCUGGGCCUAUAUUGUGGGGAUAACAUUUGCAGUAGUCGACCCGGUCCGUCUUCUGGACAAGGGCAAUGAUGCAAAAGGUUACGCAAUAGCCCAAGUCUUCUACGAUGUCUUCAACAACAGAUAUGGUGAUGGCACUGGAGGAAUAUUGUGCUUGGGCGUGGUCGCUGUAGCCGUCUUCUUCUGUGGUAUGAGCUGCGUAACGAGCAAUUCGAGGAUGGUGUACGCUUUUUCCCGAGAUGGCGCUAUGCCUGGGUCCAACCUGUGGCACGUGGUAGACAAACGGGAGGUUCCGCGCAACGCCGUGUGGUUGUCCGCAACAAUAGCUUUCCUCAUGGCGCUGACGUCUUUGGGAAGCGUGGUGGCGUUCCAAGCGAUGGUUUCGAUUGCUACCAUCGGUCUCUACAUCUCCUACGCACUGCCCAUUCUGUUUAGAAUCACAGUGGCUCGUAACACCUUCGUUCCAGGACCGAUCAAUUUCGGGCGCUACAGCCUCUUCCUCGGUUGGGUUUCAGUCCUCUGGGUAAUCACUGUGACUGUUCUCUUUUGCUUACCAACCGUGUAUCCGGUGAAGGCGAACACUCUGAAUUAUACUCCAAUCGCUGUCGGCGGAGUAAUGGUGUUCGCCCUCGGGUACUGGCUACUGAGCGCUCGAAAAUGGUUCAAAGGUCCCAUAUCCAAUUUUGAAAGCAAGCCACUUCAGGCUUGAUAGAAGACAAUGUAGUGUGAUGCAGGCUCAAAUCCUGGAUUUGCAGGCUGUGAUUAGGGUGUUGCUAUAGACAAGAAAUAUCUGAGCAAAAGCAGCCUGAAGUAGAGGCCAGGAUAUGAAAAGAAGCUGUAAAUCAAAUUUAUGUACAGUUGCAAUUAAGAGACAAAUUCCAGAAACUUCAGAGUGCUACACUUAUAUUCAAGCUGCACACAUUC